AGCGUACAAAUUUAGAAACCUAUAGAGAGCCAGAGGGUCAUCAUUUCACCAACUGAUUUGUUACAAAUUUCUCAAGUGAAACUACGUUGCCUGGAAGACCUCUUGACAUAAACAAUUCAAAGGAUGUCAAACUUGGGACAAUUUGAUUUUUACCAAUCUAAUUAUACUAUUGAUAAUCAGGACCAGAGUUCUGAAGAUUCUAAUGCCUAUGGAAAUCUUUAUGGAUCUAGACAACAGCAAGCCAGUGAGCAACUCCAGGCUGCCUUUGUCCCACAAGAGAUGCUCAUGUCAUCAGGUUACGAGGGACAAUUUUUUCAGCCAGCAUCCAACCCGGAUUAUUAUUCACAAUCUUCUUACAUUGACAGUUUUGAUGAAGAGCCUCCUUUGCUAGAAGAACUUGGAAUUAAUUUUAAUCACAUAUGGCAAAAAACUUUGACCGUGUUAAACCCACUGAAGCCAGCAGAUGGCAGCAUUAUGAAUGAAACGGACCUCACUGGGCCCAUCCUGUUUUGUGUCACUCUGGGAGCCACCUUGCUUCUGGCAGGAAAAGUUCAGUUUGGUUAUGUGUAUGGCAUGAGUGCCAUAGGUUGCCUAGGGAUUCACACCUUACUGAACUUGAUGAGCUCUUCAGGGGCGUCUUACGGCUGCGUGGCAAGUGUACUGGGUUACUGCCUGCUCCCCAUGGUCAUCCUGUCCAGCUGCGCUAUCUUCUUUUCACUGCAGGGCACCUUUGGAACUGUGUUGGCACUGGUCAUCAUUGGCUGGUGUAGUCUCUCAGCUUCCAAAAUCUUCAUUUCAGCCUUGAACAUGGAAGGACAGCAGCUUCUCAUUGCCUACCCUUGUGCCUUACUUUAUGGACUUUUUGCCCUCCUCACAGUUUUCUGAGUAGUAGUUGAGAUGAUGUUUCAAGAUUCUAUUUGUUUCCUGUUCACAUUAUCCUGGAAAUGUGUUAGCAUUCAUAUUUGGUGAUGUGAUUUCUGCUUUAUUACUAUUGAGAGAAUAAUAAGCAAAGUGACAAAACAGCACUUAAGGAUGGUGCUCUAAUAACUUGUUUGGUUUGAAUGAUAUUUUUGCUUUUUGCGUUGAUACAUUAAAACAUUUUAAAAUACUUUAAAAUAAAAGGGGAUAUUGUUGUUAUGGAUGGA